UUGUCAUUGGCAGAGGCUCGUGCCACGCCCACGACGCCCCGUGCUUGUGUUUCCCGCGAACUGGCCGCGCUCGCGCCGUGACGCUGUGUAGCAGGGUGCUAGGUGAUGUCAGAAGGCCCGGGACGCUGCCGUUAAGUUUAUUUCAAAAGUACUGUUAUAAAAAGACGUGAAAGUCGCACACAUGGCGAAGCAAAGCUCUCUUUUCAAUUUUUUCACCAAGUCUCCGCCGCCGGUCUCCAAGCCGAAGCCGAAGCCGAGUCCCUCUCCGGCCGAGGCAGACCUGCCUUCCUCCGUGGAGAAGUCCAACUCCUCUCCGAAAGAGCAAGCUAAACAAACACCGCAACAACAACAACAACCAGCCAAGAGCAACAAAGUUAAACCUAAAAGUAACUCCAAGUCUGCGAAUGGAGGAUUCAACAAACUCUUUGGCGACAAGGCCCCAACAACCAAACAAAGCAGCCCCACAUGCACGUUAAGUGCCGGCGCCCUCGUCUGGGCAAAACUGGAGGGACACCCCUGGUGGCCCUGCAUGGUGGUACCCCAACCUCUGAGUGGACAGCAGAUGAGGGGCCGUGGUCGGGACCAACGCAUACACGUCCAUUUCUUUGAUGAACCCCCUACUAGAGGAUGGGUCAGCACCAAAUAUAUCAGAGAGUACCAAGGCUCUGACAGCAGUGAUGCUAAAUCGGGAGGUGUUUUCUUCAGUGGCAAACCUGUAAUCCGUCGCGCAAUGGAGCUCGCUGAUGGAGUGAUGUUUGACAGCCCCGAAAAAAGAUUAAAGAUGCCUCUUUGUACGGAUCCAUCUGAUGAGGAAGAGGAUGAUGAGGAUGAGGAAAUGGAGCUUGACAAGUCAACAAUGAGUGAUGAAGAGGUCAGUGAUGAAGAUGAACCGAAAAAUGAGAAAGCGAAGUCACCCAAGGUCAGUCGACGUUCGUCACGCGCUUCAACAGAAAAAGGAAACAAGGCCAAGCGCCGUCGCAUAAUUGUAGCCUCAGACAGUGAUGGAUCGGAUGAGGAAUUCAAACCAGAACAGGCUGCUUCCAGCAGCGAGGAUGAGGAGGAAGAAGAAGGGACAGUGAGCAGUGAAGAGGAGAAGGAGAGCACUCAUGAGUCCGAAGCAGACAGUCCUGUCAAGCCUGUGAAGCGCAAACGUCCUGCAGAAAAGCCUGCUGCUGCAAAAGCUAAGAUACCUCCUACCCCGUCCACUGCACCAAAACGAGCUCCGGCAGCUGUUGCAGCCGAUACGAAGUCUCGUUUGUCGGCUUUCUCUGCCCCUGACAACUUUGAGAGCCAGGCAAACGGAUCAGGCACCGGUGGAGGUGCCACAAUUUGGGACCAUGAGAAGUUGGAGUGGUUGCAGGAUGGUAGGAGGAAAGAUGCUGGAAGGCGGCGACAGACAGAGGAUGACUACGAUCCGACCACCCUGUAUGUGCCAGAAGACUUUUUGAACAGAAACACUCCUGGCAUGCGCCGUUGGUGGCAGCUAAAGUCUAAGAUGUUUGAUACAGUCAUUUUCUACAAGGUGGGGAAGUUUUAUGAGCUCUACCACAUGGAUGCUGUGGUCGGAGUCAACGAGCUGGGACUAACUUUCAUGAAGGGGACCUGGGCGCACUCAGGCUUUCCAGAGAUCGGCUUUGGACGUUUCUCAGAUGUACUUGUCCAGAAAGGCUACAAGGUGGGUCGUGUGGAGCAGACAGAGACCCCAGAGAUGAUGGAAACGCGUUGCAAGGCCAUGGCUAAGCCCACCAAGUUUGACCGCGUGGUGAAAAGAGAGGUGUGCCGGAUUAUCACACGUGGUACCCAGACCUACAGCGUGUUGGACGGUGCUCCCUCUGAGAGUCAGAGCAAGUUCCUACUGAGUAUAAAGGAAAAGGCUGAGGAGGAAAGCUCUGGUCGUUGCCGCACAUAUGGAGUCUCCUUUGUUGAUACCUCUGUGGGUUAUUUCCAUGUAGGCCAGUUCCCAGACGACCGUCACUGCUCACGUCUGCGCACUCUGAUAGCACACUUUGCUCCCGCUGAGGUGCUCUUUGAAAAGGGGAACCCAUCUGUUGAAACACGCAAAAUCCUCAAGGCCUCCCUGUCCUCUGCCUUGCAGGAAGGGCUUAAUGCAGGCACCCAGUUCUGGGAUGCUCAGAAGACUCUUAAGACCCUUUCAGAAGAAGAUUACUUUAGCGAGACUGCUGGCAAGGAUCAGGGGGCAGGAAAAAAUUUUCUUCCCGCUCUUCUCAAGAACAUGACCUCUGAGAGUGAUUCACUGUGCCUGACUCCUAAAGAGGGCUAUGAGCUGGCACUGUCGGCGCUGGGUGGAUGCAUUUUCUACCUGAAGAAAUGUCUGGUAGACCAAGAGCUGCUCUCCAUGGCCAACUUUGAAGAAUAUAUUCCUGUUGAUGUUGAGAUGGAAAAAGCUGCCGGACCUGCCAGUUUCUUUGCCCAGACUCGUCAGCGGAUGGUCCUUGAUGGAGUGACUCUGGCAAACUUGGAAAUCUUUCAGAGCGGGUCGGGAGGAACAGAAGGGACGCUGCUGGAGCGUUUGGAUACCUGCUCAACCCCAUUUGGCAAGAGGCUGCUGAAGCAGUGGCUCUGUGCCCCUCUGUGCAACCCCACAUCCAUCAACGACCGACUGAAUGCAGUGGAAGACCUGAUGGGAGCUCAGGCCCAGGCUACUGAGGUUUCAGACCUGCUGAAGAAGCUUCCAGAUCUGGAACGCCUUCUGAGUAAAAUCCACAGCAUUGGCACUCCUCUAAAGGGCCAGGAUCACCCUGACAGCAGAGCAGUUCUCUAUGAGGAGGUCACCUACAGCAAGCGCAAGAUCACAGACUUCCUCUCAGCACUGGAAGGUUUCAAAACCAUGCAGGAGAUCAUUUCCGUCCUCGCUCCAGUUUCAGAUGAAUCUCGUUCCAAGUUGCUCUGUCAAAUUGUCACCCUGAAAAGCGAAAAGGACGGGCUCUUUCCCGACCUCUCUGCUGAACUCAAGCGCUGGGAUACGGCCUUUGACCACCAGAAAGCCCGCACUACUGGUGUGAUAUCCCCUAAAGCAGGCUUUGACCCAGAGUAUGACCAGGCCCUGGCUGGAGUCAAGAACUGCGAACGCGAGCUGCAGGAGUACCUGGACAGACAGAAGAAGAGACUUGGCUGUAAAAACAUGUCCUACUGGGGAACUGGGCGAAACCGCUACCAGAUGGAGGUGCCUGACAGCGUCUCAGAGAGGAACAUUCCUGAGGAGUACGAGGUGAAAUCCACAAAAAAAGGCUGGAAGCGUUAUGUGACAAAAGAGUCAGAGCGACUUUUCUCAGAGCUGCAAGGAUUCGAGGAGAAGAGAGACGCUGCUGUGAAAGACUGCAUGAGGAGGCUCUUCUACAACUUUGACAAGAACUACAAAGACUGGAAGACGGGCGUGGAGUGCAUGGCAGUGCUGGAUGCACUGCUGGCCUUGUCGCGCUACAGUCAGGGUGGAGACGGACCGAUGACCAGGCCAGAGGUGGUGCUCCCUGAGGGUGAUGACCAGGUGGCGCCAUUCCUUGACCUCACUGGAUCCCGUCACCCUUGCGUCACCAAGACGUUUUUCGGCGACGACUUCAUCCCUAAUGACAUACACAUCGGCUGCCCUGGCAGCAGUGAAGACGACGAGGAAAAAAACGAUGCCUCUUGUGUCCUCGUCACAGGGCCAAACAUGGGUGGAAAGUCUACUCUGAUGAGACAGUGUGGACUUGUGAUCAUCCUAGCUCAGCUGGGCUGCUACGUUCCCGCCGAGAGCUUGCGCUUCACACCAGUCGACAGGGUCUUCACUCGGCUGGGCGCCUCAGAUCGCAUCAUGGCUGGAGAGAGUACCUUCUUUGUGGAGCUGAGUGAGACUGCCAGCAUCCUGCAUCACGCUACAAAACAUUCCCUUGUGCUCCUGGAUGAAUUAGGAAGGGGCACAGCCACAUAUGAUGGCACAGCGAUUGCCAGCGCUGUUGUGAAGGAGCUUGCUGAGAAGAUCUGCUGUCGCACGCUCUUCUCCACACAUUACCACUCCCUGGUGGAGGACUAUGCCAACAACCAUGCUGUGCGGUUGGGCCACAUGGCAUGCAUGGUGGAGAAUGAAUGCGAGGAUCCAAGUCAGGAGACCAUCACGUUCCUCUACAAGUUCAUCACCGGUGCUUGUCCGAAGAGUUACGGCUUCAAUGCUGCUCGACUCGCCAGCCUGCCAGAAGAGGUCAUCCAGUCAGGUCACAGGAAGGCCAGAGAGUUUGAGAAGAGCACCAUCAGCCUCAGACUCUUCAAGAAGCUUUGCCAGUUUGCUGAAGAUGCUACACUGGGAAACACACACUUCGCUUCACUCAUUCAGAUGCUCAACAACCUGUAGUUUGUAGACAUGCAUUGUUUUUGUUGACGUUUUGUUCUGAGCACUUGGAAAAAACACUACUGUAAUGAUCUAAUAAAGUUUAUUUUUAAAAAAUGA